AGGUUCAUUCUCCCCCUCUCUUGGUGGGUGGCACUGUGCCAUUCUCUGUCCCUACUUCAGCCUCCUCCACCUUAACCCCUCAUUACUUUGUCUGAAUGUCCCUGUGUUUCUCUUGUUGUAGCUAGAGGUCUUCCUGUGUGUGACAGACCCCCAAGGCUGUACAAUGUGGGCCCAUCGGUCCCUUCAGGAUUUCUCUCUGGGACAGUCAGCUACCUGAUUGCUUUUUUUUCCUCCCCCCUUUCCCCCCAAGUCAGCAGAGGCACUGUCCUGUGUUUGAGUCCUGGCCCUGUCCUUUUCAGAUGGUAUGAGGCCCCCUCAGCCAUUGGGUGCUGGAGCACAUCCUGUUCCUCCAAGGGGUUGCCAGCUCUUAUCUCAGCUACAGCCUGAAGAAGCAUUGUUGCCUUUGCCUUCCAGAGUCUCUCGGGCCCUUAGAGCCUUAGUUUAUUGGCCAGCUGCAGCACUUGCAUCAGUUAUGAAUUUCUCUGAAGUGUUUAAGCUCUCAAAUCAGCUCAGCAAAUUCUCUCCCAAUGGGAAAUUCCUGGCUUCAUGUGUCCAGUACCGUUUAGUGGUUCGAGAUGUGAGCACUCUCCAAAUAUUUCAGCUGUACACAUGCCUGGACCAGAUCCAUCACCUGGAGUGGUCAGCAGACUCCCUCUUUAUACUGUGUGCUAUGUACAAACGAGGGCUGGUACAGGUCUGGUCCUUAGAACAGCCUGAAUGGCACUGUAAGAUAGACGAAGGCUCGGCUGGACUGGUGGCUUCAUGUUGGAGUCCAGAUGGGCGUCACAUUCUCAACACAACUGAAUUUCAUCUACGGAUAACGGUCUGGUCCCUGUGUACAAAAUCUGUAUCUUAUAUCAAGUAUCCUAAAGCCUGUCAGCAGGGAAUAAGCUUUACAAAGGAUGGCCGCUACAUGGCAUUGGCAGAAAGGCGUGACUGCAAAGAUUAUAUUAGCCUCUUUGUGUGUAGUGACUGGCAGCUCUUGAGGCAUUUUGAGACGGAUACCCAAGAUCUUGCUGGGAUUGAGUGGGCUCCGAAUGGAUGUGUGUUGGCAGCUUGGGACAGUUGUUUGGAGUAUAAAAUUCUGCUGUAUUCCUUGGAUGGCCGGUUGUUGUCAACAUACAGUGCAUAUGAGUGGUCACUAGGUAUCAAGGCCAUAGCCUGGAGCCCUAGCAGCCAGUUUUUGGCCAUCGGAAGCUAUGAUGAAAAGGUGCGGAUUCUUAACCAUGUGACUUGGAAGAUGAUUACGGAGUUUGGACAUCCUGCAACCAUUAAUAACCCCAAGAUAGUUGUAUAUAAGGAAACAGAGAAGUCUCAAAAUUUAGAAAUGGAGAAUCUUCCCUUCCCACCAACCAAAGCUGCAGCCAGUUCUCUUUUCAACACGGAGACUAAAUAUGAGGUGGCCUCAUCUCCAGUUUCUUUACAGACAUUGAAACCCCUCACCGAUCGACCAAAUCCUAAAAUUGGCAUAGGAGCCUUAGCAUUUAGUCCAGACAACUGCUUCCUGGCAACGAGAAACGAUAACAUUCCCAAUGCCGUUUGGAUCUGGGACAUACAAAAGUUGAAAUUAUUUGUGGUGUUAGAACAUCUGUCAGCUGUUCGUUCAUUUCAAUGGGAUCCCCAGCAAGCCCGGCUAGCUGUGUGCACUGGGAGAAGCCAGGUGUACCUGUGGUCCCCAGCAGGCUGCGUGUCAGUGCAGGUACCAGCAGAAGGUGACUUUCAAAUCCUUUCUCUGUGUUGGCACCAAAGUGGGGACUCCAUGGCCCUCCUGAGCAAAGAUCAGCUGUGUUUAUGUUACUUGGAAAAUGAAGGAGUUAAAUAAUUACAGCCAAAAAUCUUAAGGAUUUCCUCGAUAUCUAGUUUGAGUGAAUAAAUGCUGCUGUGUGAGAAAUCCAAUAUACAUUUGUUUUGUACUGAAAAAAAUCACGACUGAGGGUUUGAGUGAAUAAAUGUUGCUGUGUCAGAAAUCCAAUACACGUUUGUUUUGACGAAGGUGGGAAUCAAAUCUUUGGGUGACUAAAGUAACACCCUGAUUUUAAAUAUUUUUCUAUGGUAAAGUAUCUUUGUACAUAUGUCACAUAGAAAAACUAAAUUUUUUUUAUUAUAAUAAAGACUCAAAAAGUUCA